UGAAUAAUUGAUCCUGAUUGGACAGUAGUGACUUCACGGGUCAGUCAUCUAAGCAUGCGUUCCUGCUUGUUCACCUCUUGUUUCUCUUCCAUUCUAUAAUAAAGCAUGCAUUCAUCCAGUGUUCGCCAGUCAGUCAUGCUUCCUCUCUUCUCCAACUCAUUCUCCAUGUCUCCCUUCUACACAUUUUUACUCGGACUUCUCCUCUUGCAAGCUGCUCCUUCAUGUUGUUCUGCAGCUGCCAACACCGACACUCUCACUGCAGGCCAAGUGCUCGCCGUCGGCGACAAGCUUGUCUCAAUAAACGGGAAGUUCGCGCUGGGUUUCUUCCAGUACCAGCCAGCAAAUACCACCAGUAAGUUGUCCCACAACACCGCCUCCUCCAGCUUGUGGUACCUUGGCAUUUGGUUCAAUAAGAUCCCAGUUUUCACAGUCGUAUGGGUUGCUAAUAGGGAUAUGCCCAUAAGCAUCCCCAACCUCAACCUAACAAGGCUCAAGAUAUCAAACGAUGGCAAUCUUGUCAUCGUAAACCAUGAUUCCAACAAUGAAUCCAUUGUUUGGUCCACUCACAUUGUCAAUCAUAGGACACAAACCAGCAGCAUAAACACUUCGACCAGUGCUGCUGUUCUCUUGAACACUGGAAACCUUGCCCUUACAGAGAGCCCAUCUGACCUACUGGUGUGGCAGAGCUUCGACUACCCAAUAGAUGUUGCGCUUCCUGGAGCCAAGUUUGGCCGGAACAAGGUCACUGGUUUCCAUCACCAGGGCAUCUCAAGAAAAAGUCUCAUUGAUCCGGGUCUCGGCUCAUAUAGCAUUGAAAUAGAAGACAUCAGGGGGAUCGUCCUCAAGCGCCGUAACCCCUCCGUAGAAUAUUGGCUUUAUGAAUCAUCCACAGCAUUAUCGUUAAAUCUGCUACCAAUACUCAAGUCGUUUCUAGAUUUGAAUCCUCAGACCAAAGGUUUGAUUAAUCCAGCAUAUGUUGAUAACAGCCAGGAAGAGUACUACAUGUACACUUCACCGGAUGAAUCAUCUUCCUCGUUUGUCUCGCUAGACAUUUCUGGUCAGAUAAAGCUAAAUGUUUGGUCACCAGCCAACAAGACUUGGCAAACCAUAUAUGCCCAACCUGCCGAUGCUUGUAUUCCGCCUGCUACUUGUGGACCUUUCACGGUCUGCAGCAGCAAUCUCCAUCCAUCAUGUGACUGUAUGAAGAGCUUCUCUCGGAAGUCACCGCGGGAUUGGGAGCUUGAUGAUCGAACAGGAGGAUGCAUCAGAAAUACACCUUUACAGUGCAGCACUAGGGACAAAAAUAUCACAAGUUCAACAGACAUGUUCCACCCCAUUGGUCAAGUUGCAUUGCCCUACAAGCCACGAAGCAUAGAUGUUGCUACCACAAAGAGCAAGUGUGAAGAAGCUUGCCUCAGUUCUUGCUCCUGCACUGCUUAUUCCUAUAACAAUAGCAUAUGCUCUGUCUGGCAUGGGGAAUUGCUUAGUGUAAAUCUAAAUAAUGGCAUUGAUAAUACUUCAGAAGAUGUUCUUUACCUUCGCCUUGCUGCCAAAGAUUUGUUGCCAAGUUUGACAAAAAGCAAAAGAAAACCAAAUGUUGGAGUUGUUACUGCUGCAAGCAUGAUUGGUUUUGGGUUACUAGUGCUCAUGCUUUUGUUACUGAUUUGGAGGAACAAAUUCCAGUGCUGUGCUUUGCUGCCAUUAUUUUACGGCAACCAAGCUAGUGCUGGUGGGAUUAUAGCCUUCAGAUACACAGAUUUAGUUCGUGCUACUAAGAAGUUCUCGGAAAAGCUGGGAGGGGGUGGUUUUGGUUCAGUAUACAAGGGAGUGUUAAGUGACUCGGAGACUACUAUAGCAGUGAAAAAGCUUGAUGGUGCCAGUCAAGGAGAGAAGCAAUUCAGGGCUGAGGUUAGCUCAGUUGGACUGAUCCAACAUAUUAACCUAGUCAAAUUGAUUGGUUUCUGCUGCGAAGGUGACCACAGAUUACUUGUAUAUGAGCACAUGUUAAAUGGGUCUCUUGAUAGUCAUCUGUUUAAGAAGAGCAAUAAUGCUGUUGUCCUAAGCUGGAACACAAGAUUUCAGAUAAUCCUAGGAGUUGCCAGAGGGUUAUCCUACUUGCAUCAGAGUUGCCACGAAUGCAUUAUACACUGUGAUGUUAAGCCAGAAAACAUACUUGUGGAUGCAUCAUUUGUUCCUAAAGUUGCAGACUUUGGGUUGGCAGCGUUUGUGGGAAGAGAUUUCAGCCGAAUUCUGACUACAUUCAGGGGAACUGUAGGUUAUCUUGCCCCAGAGUGGCUUACCGGAGUUGCUAUUACAUCGAAAGUUGAUGUUUACGGAUUCGGCAUGGUACUGAUGGAGAUCAUCUCUGGGAGGAGGAAUUCCUCACCUGAAACGUCAAACAACACUACCAGCAGCUGCAGAAGUGACGAUGUUGAAUAUUUCCCUGUGCAAGCCAUCAACAAGCUUCACGGUGGAGACGUGGGGAGUUUGGUGGAUCCACAACUACAUGGUGACUUCAAUUUGGAAGAAGCUGAAAUGGUUUGCAAAGUUGCAUGCUGGUGCAUCCAAGAUAAUGAGUUGGAUCGCCCAACGAUGGAUGAAGUGGUCCGGGUUCUCGAGGGUCUACAGAAGGUUGAAAUGCCUCCGAUACCAAGAUUACUUGCAGCUAUAGCGGAACGAUCUGGAGCCGCAACUUUAAUGUAAUAAUAACUUGCAGUCGAUGCUACUAAUCUUUGUAAUUUCAGCCAAUUUUAAGUUGUUAUAAUGUGGAGCAGAAGGA